AUGCUCCAGCCCGGCUCUGGGACGCCCACGCCGGUGGCGGUGCAGUUUAUCGGGAUCAGCCCCAGCCCGAGCCCGUCGGGCCAGGGCAUUGGGAGCCGACAGACGAGCCAGGAGGCGGAGCCGGCCAAGGAUCCGCCCGCGCAGCCUUGUGAGCCCACUGGCGGCACUGAGAACGCUGCGGCCGGGACGCCGCAGAGCACGGGGGAGCAGGAUCAGCGUGCGCAGCCUCGUGAGCCCGCCAGCGGCAUCGAGGAGUGGGAAGUUGUGGCAGCCACGCCGCGGAGCGAAGAGGAGCAGGACCUGUCGCACCAGGCGGGAGCAGCCGCGGCGUCGAAGCACCAGGCCGCGGAGGAGCCGGAGAGCUGCGCCGCCGCCUGCGCCCCGCAGGGCGUGCGCCUCGGCCCGGGCGGCGGCAGCAACGAGCAGAACGCCCUGCAGGGCGGCGUGGGCAUGGGCGGCCCGUGCCGCCGGGAGCAGCCUCCAGGCUGCCGGGGGGGCGGGGUCCUGCCUCCGCCAGGCCUCGCGCAGCCCCAGUGCCUGAGCCCGCCCUCGGUCCUGGCGGGCGUGCCCCCCGGGUGGCCCAGCACUGGGACCGUCAGCGAGACGACGGUCACCAUGCAGCCCGGGCCCCUGCACAUGAGCAUGGUCGCCACCACGGGCAGGGUGGCCCAGGUGACUCCGGGCGGGCAGGCCGCCCGGAGCGGGGUGCAGCCCGGGUGGCUCCUGGUGUCGCUGGACGGAGAGCUUUACCAGGAACCGUUGCUGCACUCCAAGAUCGCCGGUGGAAGGCCGUACAACACGACUUUCAGCGUGCAGGAGGGGGUCAUCCCCGCACUCCUGGUGGCCAGGGCUGCCCAGUCGGAGCUGCAGUCUCAGCGCUGGGGCGCGGUGCCUCAGGACGUGCGGGAGCCGGCACGGAGCCCCACGGCGGCACCGGACAGCUGGCCCAACGGUGCCCCAGGUGCCGGCGUCGGCGGGCAGGGCGGCGACGACGGCUCACCUCUGCCAUUCGAGACCCCCGCAAAGCUGUUCAGUAUCGACGACAAUGCAAUCAAAGUGAACGGUCAGAGGUUCUUGGCGGCGGACGUCGUCGCGCGGCUGCAACAGCUGCAGGCCCAGGACAGCGUCGGUGACCAGGCGCCCUCGCCCGAAGCGCAGCAGGCGCGAGCCUCGAGCGUUGACGGCUGCGAGCGGAGGCAGGACGGCGCGCAGGUGUUGGCGGAGGUGACGUGCUCCUUGUCAGCGCCGGCCUGCGAUCUGCUCCCCGAGACCCGCUGGUUCGACGGCAGGAGGUUCGGCGAGGGCGGCUGGCGACGGCGGUGCGGCGGCGGGCUCCUCACGGGUGCCACCCUCCGCGUGGCCCUGCGGGUAGACGCCUGUGGUCCAGAGGUGAUUCUUGCGUGUGUCUGUCUGUGCUGGCUGCUCUUUGCGGGCAGCGCAGCUUUGACGUAG